GAAGCUGUUUUGGCCUUGGCAAUACCAAACCAACUUUUCUCAAACUUGUUAGCUGGCAGUCACUCGAUUCCACAACUUGGCUCUUUCCGAGUUAACUCAAUAACCACCACCGAGUCACAACUCACCCCAACUCGCUCUCACAGUCUCUGUCUUCUUCUUCUUCUUCAACCUUGUUCCACCAUGACCCACCACACCACCAUUUCCGAUCACACCCAGAAAACCCUUUGAUUCGAUCGACCCAAAAGCAACCUCAAAAUGAUGAACCAAGACCACUACGAACAACAGCAACCACUCCAUGAUCCUCUUCACGCUUCCCAAGACGACGGAAUGGAGUCACUUGCCCUCAACGACGACGGAAACUCCUCCUCCUCCGGCCACCUCCAACAGCCGCUCAGCCCAGAUUCCCCCUUCAACUCGUUCCUCGACCCUCCUUCCUACGCCGAGGCAAUCUUCACCUCGUUCGAUGGCAACGGCCACGACGCGACAACCCACGAACCCACCACCCAAUCCGGCUCCGAUUACCUCCACAUCUCGGUCUCCGACCCACAAGAGGAGCAGGAUCUCACGAACUCCCUCGUCGGCGGGAAUACCUUCCAGACGUAUCUUAUCACCACGAGAACCAACGUGCCGGAGUUGGGAGGACCCGGGUCCGAGUACAGCGUCCGGAGGAGGUUCCGGGAGGUUGUGACGCUGUCGGAGAGGUUGUCGGAGGCGUACAGGGGGUAUGUGAUUCCGGUGAGGCCGGAGAAGAGUACUGUGGAGAGGCAGGUGAUGCAGAAGGGGGAGUUUGUGGAGCAGAGGAGAGUGGCGUUGGAGAAGUAUUUGAGGAAGCUCGGGUCGCACCCUGUGAUUGGGAAGAGUGAGGAGUUGAGGGUGUUUCUGGAGGUUCAGGGGAAGCUGCCUCUGGCGAAGACCACCGACAUGGCGUCGAGGAUGCUUGACGGGGCGGUGAGGCUGCCCCGGCAGCUGUUUGGGGCGGAGCUGGCGGUGGUGGACUCGAGUGAUGUGGCUCAGCCUGCUAAGGGUGGGAGGGACUUGCUCAGGAUUUUCAAGGAGUUGAAGCAGUCUGUUACCAAUGAUUGGGGUGCUGCCAAGCCUUUGGUUGUUGAGGAAGACAAGGAGUUUAUGGAGAAGAAGAACAGCUUGAAUGAGUUUGAGCAAAACCUCAGCAAUGUUUCUCAGCAGGCUGAAUCCCUUGUCAAGUGUCAGCAAGACGUGGGUGAAACAAUGGGUGAACUGGGGUUAGCUUUUGUGAAACUUACUAAAUUUGAAACAGAAGAAGCCAUGUUCGAUUCUCAGCAAGUACGGGCUGCUGACAUGAGAAAUGUGGCGACCGCAGCUGUUAAAGCAAGCAGGUUAUAUAGAGAGCUGAAUACACAAACAAUCAAACAUUUGGAUAAACUACAUGAAUACCUAGGAACAAUGCUAGCAGUCAACAAUGCAUUUUCUGAUCGAUCAAGUGCAUUGUUGACAGUUCAAACACUCUCAACAGAACUAGCUUCUUUACAUUCACGGAUUGAGAAGCUUGAACUUGCUUCAUCCAAAAUAUUUGGUGGAGACAAGACUAGGCUGCGGAAAAUUGAUGAGUUGAAAGAGGCUGUUAGAGUUACUGAGAAUGCUAAAGUUUGUGCAGAUAAAGAGUAUGAACGAAUCAAGGAAAACAAUAGGAGUGAGCUUGAAAGAAUUGACAGGGAGAGGCAUAACGACUUUCAAAACAUGCUGCGAGGGUUUGUUGUCAAUCAAGCAGGUUAUGCAGAGAAGAUGGCUGCUGUGUGGGAGAAGCUAGCUGAAGAAACAGCUACAUACUCAAGAGACAGCAGCUAAAACAUGCUUCGCUGUAAAUUUUGUUUGUCCUUAUUAUGCUACUUACUAGAUUUUUAUUUCAUUAGUUUUAAGUUCAUGUAGACUAGAAAUACUUCGAACUUUCAGCAAACUUAGUUGUAACUAACCAGAGUUGUAUAUGCAGCAUAACCUUUUUAAGACAUUCAAGAUUCAAUGUGGAAACGUUUAGACUAA